AUGGUUACGACAGCAAGUCAUACCUUGCAGGACCGGCUCGACGAGCUUGCCAAGCUUCAAACAGAUACACUAGAGAAGCCUUAUAGCAUUCAUCAUAGGCUUUCCCUUGCCAAUGCAUAUAGGAGUCUGGGAUAUCCUGAUCUUGCCGCCGGAGAUGCCUACAAGGCGCUUCUCCUCGUCGAUGAGUGUGUGGAGACGGGCGAAUUCCACGACGAAGCCCUAGAGGCUGCUACAAGUGAUUACCAAGAGCAGAGCGGCUCCCUGGAAGAGGAUACCGAUAAGGUAAUCCAAUGGGCCAAGUCUUGCGGGUUGAAACACGCGUAUGAGAUUCUCAUUCCUUGUCUUAUCUAUUGCGGAUGUCUUAGAAGUGCUGCUGGAUUUAUUAAACGUGCACUCAGAGCUUUUCCUGAAGAAGAAUCGCUUGCAUCCUACCGCAAAACGCUCGACUUAAAGCUGCGCUCGCACUUCACAUUGAAGAAUAAUGAUAUUGAUGCAAUCAAUAUCGAAGACUACCCUGAUAAAGGAUUUGUACGCCGAGAGCUCUAUCCAUGGAACCAGCACGAGCCGGAUAGGUUCUCUCCUGAGGCACUCCAAUUUCUGAACGAAGAAAUGGAACGUAUUGCGCACAAGCUUGAGGUCAGGGUUUCGGAACUUCCAUUAUUGGGUGAGCGUUCGUCUGCGAGUGACAACAGUGCCUUUGUGAAACAACUCGGCGUCUUUGCGAAAGAAGACAUCUCGCCUGGAGAAGGAAUAUUGACAGAGAAGUCUCUGCUGACGGGCAUAUCACGACUGCACGACUCUUACUGCGAUGCCUGCAGCAUUUCUCUUUCUAGCACAGACGAUGAUCCGCAUUCCGCCACAAUAUCAUGCGACGGGUGCGAUGAAGUCUUCUUCUGCAGUGAAGAAUGCCACGACCUAGCGCAAGAUAACUACCAUCCUUCUCUGUGUGGCGUGAAUAUGGAACAGAAGGUCUCAGCAAGUGAAGCCGCUGACUCGCUGUACACGCUCUUGCUGGUGCGGGCCAUGGGAAUGGCUGAAACACAGGAUGUCCACCCGCUUGAUCUAAAAGAGGUUCGCUACAUCUGGGGCGAUUAUCACGGCCUCGAUCUGGGUGAAAAUUGUGCUUUGAAUUCGGAUCCAUUUGCAUCUGUUCCACAGACUCUAUCAUUCUCUUUUGAAGCUAAUGUUUUGAGACCAUUGCACGUUUUGGAGAAGAUGGACGUCAACAUUUACGAGCAAAGCCAUCGAUAUGACACGUGGAUCUUCAACACAUUGUACGCGAAGUUUCGAGGCACAGCAUCUGCGCAACAGGGCCUUGAUGGCCGGCCUGAGAUUGGCGCUGUGCAUCCUAUGUGGUGUCUUGCAAACCACAGCUGUGAUCCAAAUGUAACUUGGGAAUGGAAAGGUAGCAUGCGCUUCUGGGCUCGCGAGCAGCUCGUCGAUUACGAGCGGCGAGUUCCGAAAAGACCUGGGCUGAAGAAGGGAGAAGAGGUUUUCAGUCACUACUGCGAUAUCCGACUCUCAGUACAGGAGAGGCGUGAGUGGGCCGUAGGAGCACUAGGAGGCCUCUGCGUAUGCCCUAGAUGCAUCUGUGAGGAAGCUCAGCUGAAGGAUUGA